AGCAGAGCCUCAAACCAAAGACUAAGAGAUUAAAGAAUCUUUCAACGACUUUGAAGUCAUGACUCUUACCAACAUGGAAUUUCUUGUCAUGACUUUGAAGUCAUGCGGAAGAUGUGUAUAUGCUCUGCAUACCUAUCUAUCUACGCGUGUAGAACAAAACCUGUGAGUAAUCUGAACCUGAGAUGGAUCAUCCAUUCUCUCAUGGCUUCCUUCUCAUCCUCUUGUUUUCUUCCAUUUUAUUCACAAUACAUGCAUGUGAUCUAACCGAACGCAGCGCCCUCAAGUCCUUCGCGAGCGCUGUGUCUUCCCCGGCAUUGAACUGGACUGCUUCAGUUGAUUGUUGCCAGUGGGAAGGCAUCACAUGUAAUCAGAACGGUUGGAUCAUCCGAGUGCGGUUGCCAUCCAAGGGCCUCACAGGAGGUACUUUUCCUUCAUCACUUGGAAACCUUAAGCUUCUUUCGCACCUCAAUCUCUCCCACAAUCUGCUUUACGGCUCUCUUGAAGCCAGGAUGUUCUUGUCCUUGAGUCGCCUUGAGAUUCUUGAUUUGAGCUAUAACCUUUUCUCCGGAGAAAUACCAUUGUCUUUAUCAUCCAGUUACAUCCAAAUGGUUGAUUUUUCGAGCAAUCAAUUCAACGGAACAAUUCCAUCUUCAUUCCUCCAGCAUGCCUGGAAUUUGAGCAGUUUGAAUGUCAGCAAUAAUCAUUUUACAGGCCAAAUACCUUCCUCUACCUGUCUUCGUUCCUCCUCGCUUAGAGUCUUGGAUUUCUCCCACAAUAAUUUCAGUGGCCCAAUUCCUCCCGGACUCGGAAACUGUUCCGAGUUGGAGGUCUUUCGUGCUGGCGACAAUACUCUCUCAGGGUCCCUCCCUCCUGAUAUCUACAAUGCUCAGGCACUUGAAGAAAUUUCAUUAUCUACCAAUGGGCUUGUGGGACCCAUCAGUAAGAAUGUUGGGAAGCUCUCCAAAUUAAAGCUCAUGCGCCUUCAAUACAACAAUCUCGAAGGUCAUCUGCCCCCAUCUCUGAUGAAUUGCUCAAACCUUGUUGAAAUAAAUCUGGGAUUCAACCGUUUUAGUGGGAAUAUCUCUGCGCUCAAUUUCUCUAAACUUACUCAACUUAGUAAACUAGAUUGUAUAAGGAAUAACCUCACUGGUACCUGGCCAAUAAGCCUCUACUCAUGCAAGUCCCUCAAAGCACUUCGACUCUCUGCAAAUGAUUUCGAGGGCCAAAUCCAACCUGAGAUUCUUCAAUUGAAAAACUUGACCUUCCUCUCGCUUGCUCAAAGCAGACUCACCAAUGUCACGGGGGCAAUGAAGAUACUGACAGGUUUCAAAAGUCUCAAGGUGCUCCUUCUUUCAAAAAAUUUUCAAGGUGAAGAAAUGCCAGAUGGGGAUAUAACUGCCGAUUCCGGGUUACAAAAUCUGCGUGUUUUCAGUUUUCUUAGGUGUCGUAUGACAGGGCACAUACCUGCAUGGAUUUCAAAGCUCGGGAAACUGGAAGUCCUGGAUUUGUCUUUUAACAUACUCACUGGCACAAUACCUGGUUGGUUGGGGACUUUUCCGCAUCUUUUCUUUUUGUUGUUGAAUGACAACUUGAUUUCGGGUGAAUUUCCAAAGGAGCUUUGCAGACUACAAGCAUUAGUAUCGCAAAAGGCUGCGAAUGAAACAGGCCAUUGUUCUCUUGAGUUGCCCCUCUACUUUCAACGCGGUAAUAAUGCAACUGUGCUGACUUCACAGUACAAGUAUCUGCCCAACAUGCCAAGAGUAAUCUCCCUCAGGAACAACAGUUUAAGCGGCAGCAUACCCUUUGAGAUUGGCCAAUUGCAAUUUCUUCAACAACUGGAUCUAAGCAUCAACAACUUCUCCGGCAACAUUCCAGGCCAAAUAGCCAACCUCCCAAAGUUGGAGAGAUUAGAACUCAACGGUAACCGUCUGUCAGGCGAAAUCCCAUCAUCACUAUCAAAUCUCCAUUUCUUGUCUACAUUUACUGUUGCAUACAAUAAUCUUGAAGGACCAAUACCAGCCGGCACUCAGCUCCAAGGCUUCAGUGUCUCUGCAUUCGAAGGCAAUCCGAAACUUUGCGGUGCCCCACUUUCAAACCAGUGCUUGCCAAGUAAUGGCAAUGAUGCAGAUGAGAAUGAGAACAACCAGGAUUUGGACGAUGAUGAGGAUCAAAGUCUAUGGUUUGGGUUAUCCGUUGUGCUUGGUUUCUUUGUAGGGUUAUUGGGAUUCUGUUGCCCUUUGCUUCUCAAGAGGACGUGGAGAUAUGCAUAUUUCCAACUCCUCGACAAUAUUCAAUUCAUGGCCUAUCUGAAGUGGAGAAGGCUUAGAAGAAGGAAAGCCCAAGGCCAAGUCCAUGUCCCAAAUCAAAGGGAUGAAGUUAAAAGCAGCAAACCGGAUGGUGAAACUGAGAGUACAAAUCGGUCAGAAUAUGAAAACAACAGUAACUCUUUCAUGGUCCCUGACAACUUCCAAACCACCUCUCUCUUCAAUGUUCCAGUUAAUGCUCGCUGCCCAGAAGAUGAAGAAAUAUUAGUGUGUACGGAUUGAGCCAGAAAUUCUCUAGUGCAAAAUAUCUAUUUAAGAGUAGGAUGUUCAUUCCCUAAUCGGAUUGUAAGUUGAAUAGCUCUUUUAUUUAUUUUCUCUCUUUGUUUAGACCAAAAUUAUGGACCAAACUAUCAAUCAUCAGCUGAAAUCACAAUGGAAGUUUGAUAACAUAACAUAUUAGACGAUUUUACAUGUGAAUAAA